CGCGCUGCUGGUGUUUGGUCCCGCUCCGCGUCCCGUAGCUGCGGCUAUUGGCGCCAAAUCCUCCUGCUGCUGCUGCUCGCUGGUGAUGGGACGUGACGUGACGGGAGAGGAAGUAACGCGACAUCAUGGCGGCGGAGAGCGAGAGGCACUUCUCACACACACAGCGCAUGAAGGCGGCCGUUCACUACACGGUGGGGCUCCUGUGCCAGGAGAUCGCUGACGACAAGGAGAUUACCUUCAGCAAACAGUCUAUUGCUGCAAUCUCAGAGAUCACCUUCAGGCAGUGCGAAACGUUUGCAAAAGACCUUGAGAUGUUUGCACGACAUGCCAAAAGAGCCACCAUUACUAUGGAAGACGUGAAACUUCUGUCCAGGCGAAGCCGAUCUCUGCAUGAACACAUCACCUCGUACAGCGAUGAGAUCGCCUCCAGCAACCAGGAGCAGAAGGUGAAGAGGAAGAAGAAGUCGGUCAGCGCAGGGAAGGGCCAGCGUCGCUCAGAGGGUGACUCCGCAGUGGCGGACAGCGAGGGUCACAGUGUGGCAUGAAUAUGUCCAGUGCCCAUACACAAUGUACAUAUAAUCAGUGUAACAUGUCAUUAGUUCUGUAUGUUGUUCCUAUAAUAAAUGUCACUUAGUAAAUAGCUGCC